CUUCCUUAUUGGACAAGGCAAGACACAACUGCGUCGUCAUCGCUUAGGUAUGGAAUCAACAGAACCUGAAGAGACUACUCCGGGACCAACUGCUCGCUCGCAUAGAGACUACACCAUACCGCAAGGUGCGGACCUCAAUGCUGGUGCUCCAACUAGACAAUGGAUCAACGAAAACGUCACGCCAACGUUACUUGAAGGUAUGAGGAUGUUAGUCAGAGAGAAGCCACAGGACCCGUUGCGCGUGCUGGGAGAAUAUCUGAUAUCAAAGAGUGGCGAGAAAUCGGAGAGCAAUGGGAACUAGACGGCCUUGUGUAUACGAAUGAUAAUAUAAUCUUGUACGAGUAA